GUGGUAUAUACUUAGCAAAUAUAGCUCUAUAACAUGUUUGACAAAUUUUGGAUAGAAUAUAUUCGAAUUAUAAAUGGUUGUCUUAAUUAGCAAUAAUGCAUUUUUUUUACUUUUAACAGAAACUCCACCAGAAUCUGGCACAGAGAUUACAAUAUUUACGUCAUUGGAAAGUCAGGCGACAAUUCCAAUUAACGAAACUGUCACAUUUGCAGUUGAUAUAACAAUUGCUGAACCAUUCAUGCCCGAUCUGCAGAACAAGCUAAGUCUGGCUUUCAGAAAUAUGAGAAGUAGAUUUCUCAGUUUCUUGAUACCAAUAUUUCGAUUCUUACUUGGCUUUUUUGGCUUUAAGUUUAAUUGCUUUACCGGUACCCCGGGAAGUAUUGUUGCAGAUUUUGAAAUAUUAUAUAAUUCCACCGAACCAAUUCCGACUGUUGAGGAAGUUGAAUCACCAAUCGCUCAAGCAAGAGAUAAUGGAUCUGCGCCGUUUAAUAUUUCAAGUUUACAAGUCACGAAAAAGGGUGAGUUGCAAUAUAGAAAUAUAACAUACAUAGGUAGAGAUAUAAAGCCCAACUUUUUAAUACCAAUAAACUGUCAUAUCAGCCAAAGACGAUCAACUGUUGUAUCAGUCAAAGCAUCAGUUUAAAUCCUUCGCAAUAUAAAUAACAUGGAAAC